GCACGGGCCGACCGAUUGCGCGACUAGUUCACUCGCGAAAGCUAUCGAAGGCGCACGCUCAGCCGGUGCACACGGUGUUUCGAACGCACAGUUUCACCACCACCACUGUUUUGGGUUGUGUUUGAGGUUGGCCUAUUCGCUUGGAGUUUGCUCGUGCUCGCGCUCUCUAUCCUGGUCCGGGACAUCCGGGUGCUAAACGCUGCUGUGCAAGUGCUGUGGAGUGCUGCUGCGAUUUUUUUGCCCGGUGCAAAGCGAUUUGUUGCUUCCGUGCAAGCAGAAAGGUCCUGCAGGACGUAUCCGUGCGUUCGUGCGCGCGUAUUUUAACCAGUGCGUGUGUGUGAGAGAUAUAUCCCUGCGUUCAACUUUGCGGAAGCGGUAGAACCGUGUGCGGUGUUCCACAGCAGCAACAAAAAAAAAACGAAUGUGAAAGUGUGCAGUUUGGUGCAGGAGUGCAGGUGCAUGAUUGGCUAGAGCGUUGGUGUGCGUAGUGGCACAUGCAUCCGUAGCGGCCGUGCGUACGAAGGAAGAAAAGUUUGCUGGAAAACAAGUGUGAGAAAAAAAACGGGCUGGAAGAAAAGGAAGCAGAGAAGCACCGAAGCAGUGAAAAACCCGCCCAGAGCUUCCCCUCACUGUUUGGAGAAUUGUUGUAGUUGGAAAAGAAAAUUUGAUGAAGUAGCGAGACGAAUUUGUCACCGUGCGUGCGUGCGCUGAACCCGUUCGUGAAUUAGCAUAGCUGAAGUGCAAAUCCGAAAAAGCCCAACUGCUGACCGAAGGCACUUUUUGUUGGCAAAAUAAAAAUCAAUAGCAAAGCUACGAAUUGAUCACUGCCACCGAGAGAGCAAAGCUUGAUUUUUAAUUCUUCAUACAAAAGCUUGGGAUCCCUAGAGGCCACACUGCCGCGUGAAAUGGUGUCACGACGCAAAAUACUGUCCCGCUCGCGGGACGACCUCAACCUGGACCAGUCCUACAUCACACAGGAGGAGGAGGAGGACGUUUGGUACCAGAAGGAGAAGCUCUACAAGGAACAUAUUCAGGAAGUGCUGGACAAAUGGACACAGAUCGACGACGAGAUCUGGGCCAAAGUGAUCGUCUUCGAGCGAAACCGGCGUGUGGCCAAAGCGUACGCCCGUGCACCGGUUCUGACGAUUAACGGCUCCGAUGAUGGAUUCGAUGGCAUGAGGAUUGGCCUUUGCGGAUUUGACAACCCGAUGCGCGAUCACAAAACCGAAGAAGUCAAGCGACAUGUCGGACAGGGCGUCAAGAUCAAGAUGGACGACGCGGGCAACAUUCUCAUCAGACGCUACUCAAAGAGCAACGUGUACGUGAAGAGCACGGCCAACCAGCCGAACGAGGAGACGGCCAUCGGGGCGGACAUUCUGAAGCUGCCCGGCCAAGCUAUCGAGAGUGAAAAGAUUGUAAAGCUGUUCGACAUGAAGAAGUUCCAGUCGAACGUGAACCGUGAGCUGCGCCGUGCCUAUCCGGAUCGCAGACGGCUCGAGACGCAGUGCCUGUCGGCGAUCGCGUUCGUCAAGUCGGAGAACGACAUCCUCGAUUGCCCGAUGUGGGUACUGAUCAUCAAUGUGGUUGCAAUGGAUAUGCUGAAGAGUAAACUACCUCCCGCCUUUUUCCUUCCUCCCGCCCGACUACCCACCUCGAUCUACGGUGCAGUCCAACGUCCGGUUGACAUUAAGAACCGUCCAAGAAUUCCGAUCCCGGACGAAGAUCCGUACAGUGUGGCCGGCAACGGUGGCGGCAGCUCCGGUAGCUCCGGUUUCGGGGCCAGCGGGUCCGGCCUGGUUGCGGCGAGCCGGGAGCAUCUGAUGCAGCCGGCGCAACCGAUGGGCGGCCAGCGGCGCAGCGAGAAACCGCCGAAACUACCUCCACGUGACAAUUUGUACGCAACGCAUGAAAUUGGCAAGCCGGAUUAUGAUGACAUCGAGGAUGAGAAUCGCGUCAAGCUUCCGCGAGGCAAAUCAGACAAGGGCAAAGACAACAAGAAGUAUGAUGAUCCGUACUACUGCGGACUGCGGGCUCGAGUGCCAAACUUUGUCAAAUCGUCGUCCAAAUCGUCGAAGGAGAACAACAACAACGGUCCGAAUGCUGCCGUCGGUGUUGGUGGCAGCAAGGAAACGGUCGCCUCGAAGCGGCUGUCGAUCGCCCAUAUGCAGCAUCCGGCCUCGCUGCAGUCACUGCACCAGCUGCACCAGAUGCAUCCCCAUCACAACCUGAUGGCCGCCCACCAGCACCAUCAGCAGCUGAUGUGGCACGCCCGAAGCUACGAGAGUGGAAUCGAUACGGACGUGGUCGAGUCACCCUAUAGUCACAUGUACGGCCGUGUACCGCUGCCAACACGCGGCUACAUACCGGCACCGAGGGCCAUGUACAUCGGCGAAUGGGACUAAAAGAGAGAGAGAGCGGUCGUGGCCGGGGCCAAAGCCAAUCCGUACCCGCCCCCCAUACUCUCUUUUAUAGUACAGGCUUAAGGAAAAUUGCAGCAGGGAGAUCCGGAAUGCGAGUUUGUCGAGGAGAUAGGCACCAACCGGAGCAACAACGCGACAACCCCCGACACUCGAGUUCUAAUCUCUCUCUCUCGUACCCAUCGCAUUACUUCGCAAAAGGGACAGCACACAAUCAACAACCGAACAGCGACAGACAGCGGAGAGAAAGCGGAGAGAAGCACUGAACAGCGUGCUGGUUUGGGUGUGGCUGUGGCAAACCCCACAUUCGGAGUACUGCCUGGUUUCACUUCUUUUAACUAAUAUUCUAGAUUAUUAUUAAUAUUAUUAUGAGUAUUUAGUAAUCCGUUUUGGGGACGAACGGGGCUCAUAGGGUGAACGGUACGGUCGGGUGCACAACACCACCUUCCCAGCCCUUCCCGCAUGUCUCGCUACGGUGUCUAGCAAUUAGGCAAAUUUGUACAUAAUGCAUCGCGUAACCCUCUUCCCCGAUUUGAUUGAACCUCCUCUCCAGCCCAGCGCAGAGCGAACGCUACGAAAGCAAUACUGAUGGAAUAUGCGAAAUCUGCACUGGGGAAGUGAUGUUGUACCGAGAUUCGCUUCUACUGCUGCUCCACAACCACAAGCCGACAGGAAUAAGCUCUAUUUCGAUGCUCUUUCGUAUUCCCACCCCACUGUAAUCUGAAAUCCUGUGUGAAUCGGUGGAUAAUUAACGUAAAAGUUAUAAAAGAGGAGAACUGAGUGCGAUCGAACAGGACGGACACCUGUGCUGAUCAUUACUACUACUGCCGAGUAAAAGCUACUAAAUGCUGCCAAAUGAAUCUGACAGCUGUCAUCAUCAUUUCCACACUAAGAGAGACUAUCCCUAUCGACUGAUCGUUCAGUUGUUGCUCACAUUGACUGAUCACGCUACUAGAAUACAUUCACCUCAGAACUAAGGAUCGCCCGAUUCUUACCAAACACUGCCAGCAAUAGUAUCUCAACCGAAUCUCAUCUCAACCCCUACACCAAGCUCAUAGUUUAUACCGACUCUCGUACUGUCCACACCAAGGAGGGGGAAUGAAAGAGGCAUGGAAAUAAACGGCCGACAAUCGCGAUCGCGUGUUAUAGGCUUGUCGGCACUCUAGGAAUAGUUUUCAGUCAUAGCAGGUACUCCUUGUCUUAAGUGUACGUACGUACUACUACUGUUGUCUUCUAAAUCUUCCUGUAAAUAUGAGACAUUUGAAAAA